AUGCAGAAUCAUGGAGUUCUUAUCGCAAAUGAGGCUAUUCAUUGUUGGAAGAACAGAUCUCAAGGGGGUUUAAUUCUGAAAAUUGACUUUGAAAAGGCCUACGAUUGUGUCAAUUGGGGUUUUUUGUUAGAUAUUCUUGCGAAAAUGGGAUUCGGAGAAAAAUGGUGUGGGUGGAUUAAGGAGUGUGUGUCCACGGUCUCCAUGUCAGUGUUGAUUAAUGGUUCCCCAUCCAAAGAAUUUCGGAUUGAGAGAGAUGAUACGGUUCUAUUUUGCAACAAUGAUUUGGAGGAGUUGUCUAAUAUCAAAAGAAUCCUUAGAUGCUUUCAGCUCAUGUCUGGACUCAGAAUUAAUUUUUCCAAGAGCUCAUUAUGUGGUAUUAAGAUUCCUCAUCAGGAUGUGGUGGCCUUAGCGCAAGAUCCAGACGUGGGAUCCAGUGGUAGAAAAGAUGGAGAGGCGAUUAAGCGUGUGGCGGGGGAGAUUCAACUCGUCUGGGGGCAAACUCACCUUAAUCAACUCUUCGCUAGCGAAUCAGCGGAUCUAUUUCAUGUCUAUCUUCAAAAUGCCAGCGUCUGUGGCGAAGAGGUUGGCAAAAAUCCAAAGGAAUUUUUUUUGGGGGAUACGAUUGACAAGAGAAAGAUGCACUUAGUCAAAUGGGAGGUAAUAUGUAAGAAGAAGGAGAAUGGGGGCUUGGGUGUGAAGAAUCUGUUGAUUCAAAAUCUCUCCCUCUUAGCUAAGUGGUGGUGGAGGUUUAAUUCAGAGCCCGAUUCGCUGUGGGUGAAAGUAAUCAGAGGAAAGUACAAUUUAGAUCACAAUUGUUGGCUCCCCCGUAUGCCGACUACGGGUAAAGCCACGAAUUUAUGGAGGGAUAUCUGUAACAUUGGGGAAGUAUCCUCGUGCAUCGGAAGUAUAAUUCAAGAGGGUUUUAGAAUACAGUUGUCCAGCUGUGAUUCCCUGAAUUGGAGAUGGUCCUCAGAUAAUCAUUUCUCGGUCAAAUCGGUAUACAAUCAAUGGGAAAGCAGCGGGCAGACAGGAAGUCCGGGGUUGGAAGUCCUCUGGAAGAACAUUUGCCCUCCUAAGGUGGAAAUUUUCGCUUGGAUGGCAGUUCAAUCCAAGGUGGCUACGAGGUCGGUGCUUGUGGGCAGAAAUAUGAUCUUAGAGGGACAGUCCUCUUCUUGCCCCCUAUGUUCAUUGCUCAUGGAAACUCCACAACACCUGUUUUUGCACUGUCAACUUUCAUGGGCUGUUUGGUCUCAAAUUUUAGAAUGGUGGCAUGUUCAAUGGGUUUGUCCCGAUUCUCUAGAUGCCCAUCUAAGGUGGUGGAUGGACUCUAAAUUCUGA